AUGGGGGAGGUAGUGGAAGGCCUUGUCUGGCCUGAGAAGUUUGCCCUUGCCAAUGCGUGGGAAACUAGCCCAUUGAUCCGGGCAACAUUCCGUUCGAACAGCAGUGCUCUGUUGACUUGGGUGAAGCCGAACCUAGUGGGUGUGGCUAGCCUCCGUGCCCUUUCUCUUAACAGAAAGGCCAUUGAGCUGGCCAUUGAUGUUUGGAGCGCACAUUCCCAUGUUGCGAAGAGCCCUCCGGUGCACUGGCUGAAGCAGGAGGUUGGCCAGCUCUAUGCCCUGCUCACCAGUGGAAGUGAUGGCGACAAGUCACUCUCCAUUUACGUCGAUGCUUGGGGGUGCAAACGUUUGAUCAGUCUCUCCAUUCGGCGCUGGAAGGCUCCCAUCCAUAUGCUCCGGGACAGAAGCUUGGCAACGUUGUUCGACUCUAUGACAGCGUCUUGGGGAGAACAAGCGGAGGAAGCGGUGGACAGUGCAGAUGAGGAUGUCCCAGCAGAACCAUACCCAGAGCCCAGCCCGCCCCCAAGCCCUUCACCAGCGCCAGCAAUGCCAAUCCCAUCAAGCCCGCUGCCUAGCCCGCACGAAACCAUUGCCAACCUUCAGUGGCAGAUUGACAUACUGCAGUUUCCUGUCUUGCACUAG